AUGUCAUCUUCAGAACGUAUCAUUCCGAAAAAGGGACUCAAAUGGCACGAUGUGAGUGAAUUCAAACCCAAGCGUCUUGAGUUGUCCUGGAAUCUUCCUGAACAUCGCCUUGACGAUGAAUUCUUCCUGCACCACUACUCUUCUCUCACAUCACACUUAAAAAAUCUCGUUGCGACGAUCUUCAACACCGGUGAAACCCCUACGCAAGGAUUUGUCUGGUCAGUCGGCACAGGGAACCAUGACGGACACCUGGAACGUAUCAUUGGCGAGAUUGGACGUCCAAAUCCUUGGGACUCAUGUCCUUGGGACGAUCUGAUGGAAUGCAAGGCGAAGCGACUCUGUGUCAUGAGAGGCGUUCUGAUGAAAGUAGCCACGGACCAACUUUUCUCGCAGUUACUCUUCGGGGCAGAUGAGAAACAGGUAGAAAUCCUUCGUCGUCAAGACGAAGAAUUCCUCCAAGAUGAAGGGUUUCGACGCACAAGACUCAGAGCAACAACGGUUCGAAUGUUUCUUGACCAUACUGAUGGGAUCCCACCACGCUUUUGGGCCGACGUGGAAAAGAUUGCGUUGACGACGUUGGCUGUAAUCCUUCCGGUACUGAACUGGGUUAGAAGAACAUGGCCUCCCAAUGAAGAGAUCCCCGACAUCAAAAUGAUUUACCAAAGCUUACAUGACAGCCUGACAUAUGCUGCGUGGCUUUCAGUAAAUAUCCGACUAUCGUCAUCCGUGCUGAGAUUCACAUGGCUCCAACCCGGCGAGCGCUACCUCCCGGACCAAGUCGAACUGUGUGCAGGGUUACAUGGCAACUCCCGAUCGGACAAGCCUGGUCAUCAAUCUGAUCAAGAGCUCGAAUAUGCAGUUGCUAGUCCUUCGAGAUUUGAACGCCGGAAACCGUCGCUGACCAGGCUUGCGAGGGUAAUGAUAUCCGUCGUUCCUCGCGUUCAGAGAUAUAGGGUGGUCAAUUCCGGGUCUGGUGAACCAAUCGGUCAUACCGUCACCAACCUGGUAGAUCCUCGGGUGGUAUAUUAUUAUGGACUUCAGGACGAUACAGAGGACAAUAACCUCUUCAAAUGUACUCUGCUGGAGCACUCAGUCGCCUCGAAACCAAACCGACGUUGCAAUCUUUGGAGGUUGACUUUGAGUCUAGUGCGAGUCCUUCUCCUUUUGUUGACUCUAAUCAUGAUCAGGGUUGAGAUUGGGGAAAGAUGGCGGUCAAUUUCUAGUUCCGGCUUUUGGAAGUUGAUGUCUAAGAAACAAGAGGUCAAACUAGGCGAAUGGGCAUUUAUAAGGCCGUCCCCCCUGGAGAUUCCCGCUUAG